AUGGAUAAUAAAGAAAUUAAUCCUGAAAAGAAAAAUAAAUGUCGAAAAGGUCGUACAUAUCGAUAUCGUAAACGUGAAAAGUUACAAAAUUUAUGUUUUAAAAAAAGAGGAAAAGUAAUUCAAGAUGAUAAUUGGAAAUCAUUUAGAAAAUGGUCAAAACACCAAGGAUUACCCAAAACUAAAUUUACAUUAGCUGAAUUUGGAGGCAUAACUUUUCAAUCCUUAAAAUUAACCUCUCACCAACUGUUAGCACUUUAUUUGGCUUUAGAAUACCAAAAAGGAAUAAAUAGUCAAAUAUAUUCCUAUAUUCAAAUGUUACCAAAAGAUUUUGAUGAUUAUAUGCCAAUAUAUUUUGAUUACAAAUUAUUAGAAUUAGUUCCUGAUCAUAUGAAAGAAUUAAUCGACUCCCAGAAAAUCAAAUUUGAAAAAGAUCUUAUUAAAGUUUCUGGUUUCUUAAAGUCAAAUAAAAUUACAAGAGAAAGGUUUUUAUGGGGAUGGAUGUGUGAAAAUUCAAAAUCUUGGUUAAAUUCUGAUAUCAGAGAAAAUAUUGCAAUUGCACCAAUGUUGGAUUUUUUAAAUCAUAGUUUUGAUGCAAAAAUAAAAGGAGAAUUUAAUAAAUCAAACCAGUGUUAUGAGAUCACUACAUUUACUCCUUAUAAGAAGGGACAACAAGUUUUUAUAAAUUAUGGACCACAUGAUAAUUAUUUAAUCUUACUUGACUAUGGAUUCACUAUCUUAAAUAACCUUUAUAAUUACAUAUCACUUGAUAAUGAAUUUUUUAAAUUUAAAAUUCCCACAGAAGAUGAAAGAAUUUGGAAAUUUAAAUCAAAAUUAUUGAUGGAAAAUGGAUUUUAUGGUGAUUACACUUUAAAUAAAUCACAAAUAUCAUUUCGUCUUUUAUCAGCAUUACGAUUAAGGUUGUUACCAGAAAUCGUUAAUAUGAAUGAUAAUAGUAAUAAUGAUAAUAGUAUAUUUUUAUCUCCUCCAAUUUCUCAAUCUCUUAUUACAAACUGGAAAUUAACUUUAAAUGGAGAAAGAGAAAUUAUAAAUAAUGAAAAUGAAGUUGAGAUUUAUAGAUGGAUUUAUAAUAUUUGUAUGGAAUUGAAAAAUCAAUAUGAAAUGAAACUGAAAAAUAUCGAUAAUUUUAAAAAAUUUGAAUCUAAAAAAUCAUCCAAUGGUCUAACAAACAUCAAACUUCUUUGGAUUGAGUCAAUUGAUAUUUUAAAUUCUGUGAAAGAAUUAUGUAAUGAAUUCCUUCAUUAA